GGUGUAAUCAUCCCCCUGUGAUUGCCAGCGAGAGUAACAUCAUAUGAAGGGAGGGGGAAGAAAAAGGAAGGAAAAGAGAGCGAAAGGACUGGACCUGGAGAGAGACGGGAGAUGAUCUCUUUCCUCUUCUCUUUCGAUGCAAAAAAGAUGAUCUCUCAUCUUUAAUUUCGGAACUGUAGAAAGUCCUACGGAUACACACCCGAGGAGAGAAGAAGCCCUUUCGACUCCCCCCUCCCUCCCUCCACCAUCAGCGCCUUCGAAAGAUGCAUGGGUUUUACAGCAAAAGAAAGAGAGGAAAGCCAGUGAAAAAGUAGGGAAAGUGAAGUAGAUUUAUAUGCACCAGCUGCUCCAACGUUUCUUUGGGUCGAGGAGAAGAAGAAGAAGAAGAAGGAGCCUUUCUCUUCUCUCUUCUUGGGACUCUCAAGGCUUUUGACACACCAUCAUGAGGUCUUCACCUCUGGAUCACUACCACCAAGAAGGCCUCAAUGGCUGCUCCUCUUUAGCAGCAGCUCCAGCUUUCUACGACCACGCUAUCCACCGUGAGUGGAAUCAACACCAGAUGUUGAACUAUGAUUAUGACUUCAUUUCAGAUGCCAGUGGAGUACCACCUACCCAAACGAUUCAAGACCUAGGGUUUCACUGGGCUGUCAAUGGUGAAGGGGGUUCUAUGAACCAGCUGCCAGCUCACCAGAACUCUUGUCCGAAGCUUAAUGAGUUCAACAUGGAUGGCUCUUCUAAUGAAGACUGCCAACUACAGGAGAAGCUCUUCGUAAGAAGCAUAGCUUCAGAUUGCCAGACUGAUCUCCUUCAACCUCUGCCGGGAAACCUGUCUGAAACUUCGAGGUUUGAUAGCUCUCGUGGCAGUGGUCGAGGGAUUAUCAACAUGGCUUUUUCGACUUCUGGUUUGUCACACUCGAGCCAGAAUCCGCCAUUACCCUCUGCAGGUUACUUAGACAUGGAUCUUCAUGCACUGCAUCUAUUGGCUUCAGCUAGAUUCGGAAGGAGCUUUUGCCCACCUUCGUUCACCAGUAUGGCGUCCUCCGGGGUUGACCAUCUUCCAGAAUCAAUUCAAGGGCCAUUCCACCACCAUCACAAGAUGCCACCUUUGGUCAGUGGAGGAACAGAAGCCAAGGGAUCCAACAGCAGUUGGGAGCACGAGUCACCCCUGUCAACCAUGCCCAGAAAACCUCGGGUUGAGCAGCGUUCUUCCUUCUCUCCUUUCAAGGUGAGGAAGGAGAAACUUGGCGAUAGGAUUGCAGCACUGCAGCAGCUGGUGGCUCCAUUUGGGAAGACUGAUACAGCUUCAGUGCUAAUGGAGGCCAUUGGGUACAUUAAAUUUCUUCUGGACCAGGUCGAGAAGUUGAGUGUACCAUAUCUGAGGCCAUCUGGGAAUAAAAGAUCAAGGACAUCAAUGCAAGAGGCAUCAAAUGAGGAGAGUGAUGAGCCAGCAAAGAGAGGACUCAGGAGUAGAGGCCUUUGCCUUGUGCCCUUGUCUUACACAUCGUACAUGACAAGUGAGCAUGCAGCUUGGUCACCCAGAUGAAGUGUGAUGAUGAUGUGGUUUUGAGCUCCGAUGAUGAAUCUAAUUAACAAUGUUGUUAAUGUCCCAUCUUUUUUUCUCGUUCUCUCACUUCUGAUGACAUAAUUUGGUGGAGCAAACUUGUUCAGCUUGUGCGAAUGUUCCAAGGUAGAACAAGUUGUUCAAUGUUGGAUGUCAUGCUUUCUAAGUCAAAUCUUAUUUACACGUCAUUUUUCUCA